CAGGAUGCAACGCGUCCUACUGUAAAAGGCUAAAGUGUCGCGGCUGAGACAAGGGAGUCGUCGAAAGGGAAACUUUUUGCAGAAAAUCAAUUAUUUGCACUACGCAGAAAUAAACUAGCAGCUCUCAGGUUGGCUCUUGUCACCUUUUCUUUGCAUUCACGAGCGGGGCAAAGGGAUUGCAUGCGAGUGCAAAAGGCAAUGUUAGCUCUUCAAUGUGAACUAAAUGCCAAGCAACAUCCUCGCAUUACUAGAGGACAUCCAUCUAUUUCUCAUCAACUUUGCCAACAAAGCCAGCAUGAAAGACACACCAGUUAGAAUGUUGAAGGUUUGCUUUCAACAGAUGACUUUGAGAUAUGCCACAGUCAACUUAAUCAAGAUAUGAUGCAUCAUUACAGGUUCUACUUGACCUGAUGACAAGACUCAGAAUUGCAGACGUGAAAUGAGAGAAAAAUUGUGCUAACAGUUUGAAACCCAUGUAUUUUUUUAAAAACACCUACAUUUCUCAGGGAACUUGAGGAUUCUAAGCCUUUAUUUUUGACUUGUUUUCAUAAUCUUGCAAGGAAUUUGGCAAUCCAUUUGUGGUUUAUCCAUUGAAUUGCCUUAAGAACACAUGAUGGGAGACCAACCCCCUUUUAAAUCUAAUCACUCCGUGAACAAUACAGAAAAUAGGUACUAUUCACAACAACCACAAUCCAGCCCAUUGAGUGGAAAUAUGAAUCAUAACUAUGGAUCUACAGGCAUGGAAACAUCUCAGUCUUCUCCAGCUUCACCUCAUUUUCCUUCAGAUUCAAGGGAAGCUGCAGUAGCAGGGACCAUGCCGGCUGUUACCAAGAGCCUUAUGAUAGAAUCACGAAGGCCAAGUAAUUGGCCUCAUUCCAGUGCUGGCAAUCAUAUUCAAAUGCAGAAUGACCUUAGCAAUUCUUCCAUGAUGUGGACCUCUACUGCUCAAGCCAGUGCUCCUGAUGGAUACUCAUAUGCAUUUUCUUCUCCAGCAGCUGACACAUCAUCUCAGAAAUUGACCAGUGAUGUAUUGCACAAGUUGGACUCGUUCACACAGGUUUUUACCAAUCGCAACCUCAGGAUGCAACAGGCAAACAGCAUUGCCUCAAACCUGCCGAGCCAGGCCACAGUGGCUGAGAGCGUUCGGGACAGUGCUCUCCGGCAACUAUUGUCGCAGAAAACUCCAGCAGAGCAACAGGCUGCCAUGCACCCAAUUCAGCGAUUUCAGCAUGCUCCGACACAGCAAAUGCAUCAGGGCUUUCCAACUGCACAGUCAAAGCAACAGUUGCAAGCCAUCCAUCAUCACCAUCAGCAGCAGCAGCAGCAGCAACAACAGAUGUAUUUUGAGUUCCAGCAAUUGGCCCAAAUGCAGUCACAACCACAGUCAAUGCUACAGCAUACUCAGUCGCAUGUUCAGCAGCUGCAGGCUCAGCAAGUACUGCCUCAACAAAUUCAGCAACUCCCACAGCAACAAUACUUUGUGCGCCAACAGCAGUCCCAGCAGCACAUGUCAGUGCCUGACAUGCAGCAGCAGCAGCAGCAGCAGUGUCACAUGCAUUCAAUGCAAUUCUAUCAGCCGCAGCAGAUCUUGUGCCAGUUACAGCAACCUGUGCAACAGCAGAUGCAGCCUCCACCUCCCUAUCACAGAAACCAAAACCCCAAGUCCAUGCAGCAGCCACAGUACUCCCAAGAACAAUCCCACCCUUCUCAACACAUCCAAAUGGAUAUUCCCUCUCAGUAUUUCUAUCAAGAUCAGGCACACUAUCGGCAUAUGUACCAGCAAAAUCAGUUGCAUCAGCAGCAAGAGGAAACUAUGCAACAGAAACAGCUCCACGUUGAUAAUCGCAUUCAGACAUCACUGGGUCCCCAUACAAGUACCUCUUCCUUGGUCAUGGACGAGGCGACAAGGAAGGAACUAAGUAAAAUGAGCCAUCCUGGGACUCCUAUGGUUCCUCAAAGACAUCUUGUAGCACCACCUAAUCUUCCUCAAGCACCUGCCAAGCCAUCUCAACAACAAUCUCAUAAUCAAACAUGGUCCCAGAUUUCUCUGACCAACAUGAAGCAAGGGGACUUGACCAUUGAACACAGUGGCCAAAGCCGAGUUUCUUUCCAAGAAAGGAUAGAUGAAAAAAGCAGGCUGAUAUGUACAAUAUGCCACAAGGAAUUCAAGAGCCUACCUGCUCUGAAUGGCCAUAUGAGGUCUCACGGUGGUCAAAGGGCAUCUCCUAAACAGGACCCCUCUAUAUCUGAGGCUGAAAGGCUUUGGUUGUCUGUACAGGAGGAAGGAGAGAAGCAGCCUAAAGAGGUGGAUCACCUCAUGCCUAUCAUCAUGCCUGUCUCUGUACCUGUAAAGCCUCUGCCUGCUGAAGCCAGCAAGCAGGCCACCAAGGACAAGCCUACCAACUCUGUUUCAGAUGACGAGAUGCCAGUCCUCAUGAAGAUGACUGAUUCUCCACCAAACGCUUCCACAGUGGCCCAAUCCUGCUCAUCCUCUGAGGUUGUUCGAAAGUGUCAACCCAUCGAUACACAAUCAGAAGAUAACUUGAAACCUCGUCAAGACAAGAAGAAAUACCGACAUAGGCCAGAGCCUCUCUACAUCCCUCCACCUAUAGUCAGCCUCUCUGCUUCGUAUCCAGGCGCAACGCUAUACCAAAGUCAGCUCCGCUCACCAAGAAUCAUGGGUGAUCACCUGCUGGACAGGACCCAAGAGCUCCCUCCCUACACACCACCCCCAAUGCUAAGUCCAGUGAGACAGGGCUCUGGCCUUUUCAGCAGCGUCAUUUCCUCUUCGCACGGUGGCACUUAUCCAACACUGCCUAUCACCCCUUUAACUCCACGUAUACUGCUUGGUCGAACGAAUGGUGUUGAUGCAAUGACAAUAACGCCUGGACCUGGGGAACAGACUGUUGACAUUGAACCGCGAAUCAAUAUGGGAUUGCGGUUUCAAGCAGCAAUCCCAACUUUGCAAGACAGGUCACUGGCUGAAAAAGAUGUCUGUAAAGCAGAUUUGGUGUGGAAGCCUUGGUGUGAAUUGGAAAACCCAGAAGAACAACAAAAAGUGGAAGAUAUGCUGAACAUGGCUUGUUCUAGUGCGCUGCCAGGUGGUGGGACAAAUAGAGAACUUGCCCUACAUUGUCUUUUUGAGGCAGGCGGGAACAUUUUGAUGGCCGUUGAGGCUUUGUUGAUGAAAAUGCCAAUUAAAGACAAAUCCCAUCCAUUGGCAGACUAUCACUAUGCUGGCUCUGACAAAUGGACAACAAUAGAAAGGAAAAUGUUCAACAAAGCCCUGACUAUACAUAACAAGGACUUCUUCCUGGUUCAAAAAAUGAUAAAGACAAAGACAAUGGCACAGUGUGUGGAAUACUACUACACUUGGAAAAAGCUCUUGCGAUUAGGUCGAAAACACCGAACACGUCUUGCAGAAAUGGAAGCUGAGGGAAUGUUUAGUGAUGAAGAUGAAGAAGUGGAGGAUGAAGAUGAUGAUGAUGACAGAAAAUCAGAUAGAGAUGAGGAGAAAACAGAAGCACCAAAGUCCCCUUUGCAAGUGCCAGUAGUUCCUAUGGAGCAGCUGGUUGUUCAAGGGCCGACCUUCAUGUGUGAAGUGCCAAAUUGUGGUGCAAUAUUCAGUUCCAGGCAGGCUUUAAAUGGCCAUGCACGGAUUCACGGUGGUUCAAACCAGGUGCCAAAGCAGACAUCUGCAGCUAAACUUAAAACGGGAGGAUCUCAGCCAGGCUUUGCAUCUGUCAAGAAUUCUCCAGCACACAGCACAACUAGUGGUGAAACAGAUGGUACUACAAUUUUCCCUUGCAAGGAAUGUGGAAAAAUGUUCUACAAGAUUAAAAGUAGAAAUGCUCACAUGAAAACCCAUAGACAGCAGGAGGAACAGCAGCGCCAGAAGACACAGAAAGCCCUUGCAGCUGCUGAAGUAGCGAUAAUAGCCAGACCUGCUUCACCAAUCGCACCAAUAUUACUCCAUCCAGAUCACAUGAGUAUGGUAAAGCGACACUUAGAAGUAGAAGAUCAUGAUAUCAUUCAGGAGUUAGAAGAUGUAAUGGAUGAAUCAAAUGUCAUGGAUACAAACCUACUUUUAGAUGGAGAAGAUGGAGAAUUCCUCCAAGAUGAUGAAUUGUAAAUGUCUUUUAAAACAAUUUUCAAAAUAACACAGAAUAAUCUUCAAAUACAAUAAAUUGUGUUUAUGUCAUCAAAAUGUACAAAGCUUAGUUCAAAUGCUGAAGAAUCGCAGGAGGAUUGCACAUAGACGGAGAUGCUCGACUUGCUUUUUGCCAUUAAUACCAUUUAAAGAGGCUAAGCAAAGCCUUAUGGACAAUAAUUUUCCCUUUUAGCUGCUUGUUAAAAGUUGCUUCGAAGCAUUGAAGCCAAACGGGUUUUUUGCUAAAAUGGUUUUUUUGUCGAGUGAAAGUUUCAGAAAUUAAAUUGUCUACUUUUCUAUAAAAUGAAGCAAAAAAACUGUAAAUAAGGUUUAAAAUUAUAUAUAUUUUAAAUUGUUAAAUCUGAUUUGUUUACGCAUUUAUUUAACUGCUGUUCCUUAGUGUUAUCUAGCAGGUAUGGUGUAAAUACUUUAUAUCCCAAAAUUCUAUUGCAAAAGCAAAAUAUUUUUGAAAGUAAAAGUGUCAAAAUGACAAAGAGAAUGCAGAUCUUUCACUGGGGCUGUUUUCUGUUAUUACAAUGUUGUACAGAAUUAUUAAAACUUUAUUUUAUUAAUUUGGGGAUACAGAUUGUGGUCAGAUUGCAUGCCUUUUACUCCAUAAUGUAAUUUAUUUUUUUUAUAUUUGCACUGUAAAUGUUUUUUUCAAGUAUGUGAGGAGUCUUCCACACAUUUGUAGUCAUCUUUCGUUUAUAAUGAGAUGUUAUGUUAUGAAUGAAGCACUAUGUAUAGUUCAGUGAAUGAAUUCACUUUAUAACAUGCUUUAGUUGUAUAGCCAAAAAAAAAUCUGGAAGAUUUUUGUGCCAUGUCCUUGGGAAGGUUGCAUAAAUUUAAAAAACAGAGAUGGUAUCUUUAAAGUAGGCAGUAUUUUCUUGUGGAUUUAGUAUUCACUUUUGCAAGUUGUGUUUGAAUAAUGUACUCAAGAUUUUUUUUAAAAAGAAAUGUGAUGGGAUUAACUGAUUUCUUUCCUAUUAAAGUGAUCAAAGAAAGUGAUUUUUUGCCUUCCAAAGCACCUGAAAUAAAAGUUGUUUUCAAAGAGAAUUCCAUUAAGAAAGGUGUUUUAACCUAUAGACUAAAUUCCUCGAACCAAUCUGAUUUGGCCAUAUCAUCACACUCAAUGUAUGCAUUACAUUAACAUUCUUGCGAUCUAACUUAUCCUAUACUGUACAAUAAUCAACUGACUUCAAGGUCUUUGCUAUUGACACCAGCAAAUUGUACAUCCUCUGAGAUUCUGCAAAUGUAUCCCAAACUGUGCAUAUUUACAGUGAGAAUUGCCCAACUUUCCUUGCUGAUUUAGUCUACAUAGUCUGCUCUAUGGCAGAUCUUGAGCUAAUUUGCUUGGAUAAGAUUGUGUUGUUGACGUAGGAAUGUGAAAAAAAAACUGGAAUUCCACUCACUGCCUCCUUCUAGAACUUCUGGUUAUGAGGACACAAUGAACACAGGCAAGAGAAAAUCUGCAGCUGCUGGAAAUCCGAGCAACACACACAAAAUGCUGGUAGAACUCAGCAGGCCAAGCAGCAGCUGUGGAAAAAAGUAUAGCCAAUGUUUCGGGCUGAAACCCUUCAGCAGGACUGGAGAAAAAAAGCUGAGGAGCAGAUUUGACAAGUGGGGGGAGUGGAGAGAGAAACGCCAGCUGAUAGGUGAAGCUUGGAAUUAAUUGUCAAAUAGAUCUGUAUUUGAAGGACAGUCAUAAUUGGGCAAGGUAUUGAUCCAACGUAGGAGUCAGAAAAUUGAUGAACACUUACAGAUACUUGUAAUUUUUGAAGAAAGGUUUUGUUAACUCUUAACUGCUUCUGUGGAAUUUGUAUCAAUAUCAUUGAAGCAUUUUGAAUGAAAUAUUUAAUUUGUAGGAACCAGGUAAUAGAAAACAUAUUUUCUACCCUAAGUGAGUCAGUUUGUCAUUUCUUGAUAGGAUGCCAGUAAAGAAGAAAAAGAUUUCCUGAUUUUCAGGAGACAAAAUCAUUGAGUUGUUACAAGUCACUUCCAACAGUUAAAAACACCUCAGACAAUGAUGUGGUGUUCCUUCAUGAUUUUGCUUAAGUAUUUGUUUUGUCAUCAUGAGUCACUUUGGAAAAAUGGAGGUACAUUCACUUGAAUUAUUUUCUCCAAUUCUUCUUGUAUUCAGAAUUGAAGCAGGUUGUCUAUGUCCUAACUUGCUACUUCCUUCAUCCUUGGCACAAAACCAUAUUUCCUUCACUUUGUAAUACUGUACACUUCCCACUGAUCUACUUUC